AUGCUUUCCAUGGUGGCAGGUCCCACCCUAGAACGACUGAGUCUCCUGCAUGUCUGCAAACUGGCACCGGAACAUUCUUCACCAGAGGCGAGCCAUCCCCUGCCACCGGCCUGGCAAGAUGAGCAGCUACGGCAUUUUGUCUGGGGCAAGCAACGGGAUCCCUACUGGUAUCUACACGAUCCCCGCUGGUUAUCAGCCCGACCCAAACACCUGGGCUGGAAUCCUCUAGCUGAUUUGCACUAUCUGUUUCCGAACCUCCAUCAGCUAGAGCUUUCCCUUUCUCAGCUUACCGGACCGAUGCUGCUUCGCCUGCUAUUUCAGACCCGUCUAUCAUUGCUCAUCUUUGUCCAGGUUCUAUGA